GGGGCACUCUAAGUAAAACGUUCACUCCGCCACCGCCCGUUGUGGACUCGACAGCGGCGGGCUGCGGACACUGGAAGCGGGACCCUCAAAAACCUGCCAACGUCCUGUGUUUAUCAGUUAGUUGAGGUUGGAGCGGUUUGAAUAUACAUAAUUUCUCCGCUUUCUGACUGUUCGGGUCCAAAGCUAACGGGCAAAUGUUAUUUUAUUGAUUCGUGCAGAAUCUGAAUGAAACUACAUCAAGUUGUGUAAAGUAGCAGACUUGAGGAUAAAAGGUUCAAGAUGCCGCCGAAGAAGCAUCACCUAAAGACAAAAGGAGCAAAUGUUUCCAGCUCGCUCGACCUGGAGUCAGAGGACAUUAGCCUGGAGACCACCGUCCCCACCGCGGAGGAGGUGUCCUCCUCUGACGAGCUCCGAGACGGCUCUCAGAGGGUGACCCGUCAGCUGCUGGAGAGGAAGGAGAUGCAGCACAGCAUCCAGCUGCUCAAGAUAGAGAUGUCCCAGAAGAACCUGCUGCUGGACAACAUGAAGGCUGAUCACAUGACUAAAGUUGAAGAAUUAGAGGAGAGACUCAACGAUGCUCUACAUCAGAAACAGGUGUUGGCCCUUAGGCUGGACAGUCAGCUGAAACUUGCUCAAGAGGAAAACAAGAAGCAGCAGGCGCUGCGUAAGCAGGAGAUGGACACCAUCAUGCUGAGGCAGAAGCAGCUGGAGGAGACCAACAGACAGCUGUGUGACAAAGCUGGAGAGCUGCGCCGCUCUCUAAGAAAUCUGGAUAUCUCCCAGGCCAGAUACGAGGAACUAAAGGAUAUACCUGAAGACAAACAGACCAUACAGGAAUAUGUUUCUGUGCUUUUCUAUGACAUGGUGAAUCCUCUGCGGACUCAAGUGACAGAGCUCACUUUAAAAAAUGGCUGUUUAAGUGAAGAGCUUGAUAUACAUCGAACCCAGAUGAAGUCAUUGAUGGAGAGCUAUGAGGAGGAACGACAUCUUCGAGCGGAGUUGGAGAUCAGGUGCCAAAAACUGACCCUUGAUUUGGCUGACACAAAACAGCUAAUUCAGGAAGGAGAUUACCGCAAGGAGAACUACCCCACCAUCAGACGUGAGCGUGAUCACUUGGACAUAGAGUUGAAAGAGUUGAAGAGGAAGUAUGAGAGCCUUGAUUUAACACAUACUGCUCUUAACCGAGAGAGAGACACACUCAGCAAAGAGGUGGCAACAUUGCAGCAGUCAAUGACCCUGCUACAGAAGGACAAGGAGUACUUACACCGACAGAACAUGGAGCUGAGUGUCCGGUGUGCACAUGAGGAGGACCGCCUAGAGAGGCUGCAGGUACAACUGGAAGACUCCAAAAAGGCCAGAGAGGAGACCUACGAGAAAUAUGUGACAUCCAGAGACCAUUACAAGUCUGAAUAUGAGGCCAAGUUGAGAGAAGAGCUGGAGAACAUCAGGCUCAAAACUGGACAGGAAAUAGACAGUCUACAGAGAGCCUCCAGGGAGAUGUAUGAACGCGAGAACAGGAACCUACGUGAGGCCAGGGAUAUUGCAGUGCUAGAGAGAGACAGAGCAAUGGCAGCUGAGAGGGACACCCAGUCUAGAUACGACCAGCUGCUGGAACAAUUCAGACAGUUGCAGUUGGGAACUGACAACCGAGUGGCAGAGCUGUCCAAUCAGUCCAAACUUCAUGCCUUCGAGGCUGAGCGUGCCGAGAUGGUCAAAGAGGAGACGGCCAAGGCCUUGGCCCAGUGCCAGGUGGAGUGUGAGAAACUGCAGAAGAAACUGGAGGUCCUGACUCAGGAGUUUUACCGGCUGCAGACAUGCUCAGAGAAACGGGUGACCGAGCUGCAGGCGCAGACAGCAGAGCAGGCCGCACGGCUGCAGACCUACGAGAGACUGGAGCAGGAGCUGGACCAGGUCACCAUGCAGGCAGCUGAGAUUGAGAAUGAAGAAGAGGCUGAGAGAGUGCUGUUUUCCUAUGGCUAUGGUGCCAAUGUUCCCACAACAGCAAAAAGAAGGCUAAAACAAAGCGUUCACUUAGCCCGCAGGGUGCUGCAGCUUGAGAGGCAGAACACAGCACUGAGGAGAGAGCUGGAUGCAAAGGGGGCACAGGCGGGUCAAGUGUCUCAAGAGCUUUUGGCAGCCAACCAGCUAUUACAGCAGACGCAGCAGCCCUACAGCUACCUGAUCGAGACGGUGAAACAGCGCGAGGCUCAAAUCAGCACUUUGAAGGAGCGCGUGGCGUUACUUGAGGACGAUGUCAAUUCUCUAAGGAGAGAAAAGUCAACAUUACAACAGGUGAAAAACAACAUGGCUGCUGAUCUGGAGAGACUCCUCAACCAUCGAGAGGAGUUAGCUGUAAUGAAGCAGGUCCUGAUUAGCAUGCAGUCUGGGCAGAAAGAUGAGUUAACCAUGCUGAGAGCAGACAAAGCUGGCAUCAGAGGUAGAGGCUUAAGUAGGACCGAGGAAGCGUCGCCCCACAAACCCAAACCUACAGUGUUUACCAAGAAAGAAGCUCCCGGAUAUUACACUAAAACAAAGCAAAAACCUAAAUGACCACUGCAUUGUGUAAUGUUGCAUUGAGAUUAAUUUUAUAAUUGUACUUUUACUUUGACUUUAUUGUUAUUAACUUCAUUUUAGGAUUACAUAAUAGAAAACAUUAUUUUAGUUGUUAAGUGAUAUGUUUAUAUUAAGUGAUAAUGUUGUGAUUAAUUGGUCACAGUACUUUUCACAAGGUACACAGUCUUCAACUGCCCAAGAAUUCCUGAUUCUUGGCAGUCCACUCUUUUAUUAGGUCUGUCUAUCAUUAGAACCUCAUCUUUUCCAGAUUUGCAAGUACGCUUGUGCCUACGGACAAAUGCGUGCAAGCAUCACAGACUUUAGUUUGCACAAGUCAAAUCCCUGCUCUGAAUAGAAAUCGCAGGCAUAUAUAAAUGUCUGCAUUUUGCACCUUAGUAUUAUUAGUGUCAUUUAAUGAACGGAAUGAGUUUGAGAGGGUUAGUUUCUUUCUGCGUUUUUUCUUUAUCUCAUUGAUUCACUGCAUAAAUCCAUAAGUCAUUCUAUUUCAUGCAACAAAUUAAAAAAAAACGAAAUUGUUUGUAAGACGGUAUAGUGUAUGUAUGUAUGUAUGUAUGUAAUUAUGGUAUUCGUAUAUCAUUUGAAUGUGUAUUGGCUUGGCCAUGUCCUUUUUCAACUCUAUGGUAAUAAAAAGGAAUCCUGCUGUGAAACACCGCAGACUUCACAGUGAAAUG